GCCAGACACACAACUAUCACAAGCUUUGCCAGCAGACUAGGUCCAAAGUUUUCUGUAUAUGGCUGUGAACUUUAUUGGAAAUUCUGUUUUAUUUACUCUUCUCUUUAUUUGUUUCUUGACACAGGCCUGGAGAGAGGCUUAACGAAGGCUUUGAAGAAACUGGAUGACUAUCUGAGAAAUCCUUUACCUGAAGAGAUAGAUGCAAGUAGCACAGAGGUGGAGAAAGUGUCGAAACGCAAGUUCUUGGAUGGGGAUGAGCUAACUCUUGCCGACUGCAACCUUCUGCCCAAACUUCAUGUUGUCAAGAUUGUAACGAAGAAAUAUCGAAACUAUGAGUUUCCAGCAGAAAUGACGGGACUUUGGCGAUACCUGAAAAAUGCUUAUGCUCGGGAUGAAUUCAUCAACACUUGUGCUGCGGACAAAGAAAUUGAAAUAGCUUAUGCUGAUGUAGCCAAACGGCUCAGCAAAUUCUAAUCAAAAUCUAUUUCACUGGAUGGCUGGAAAUAAACUUAUCUGCUCCCUCGAGAAAGUGCAAGGUGGAAAUGCAGAAGAGGAAACAUGACUUCUGAAAUGUGUACUAAUUCGCUGGAACAAAUUUUAUCAUUUAUGACCAGUGUUUUGAAAUCACCAUGUUUGAUUAAAUAGCCUCCUGCUAACAGUA